AACACUAGCUACCAACAAUUCAUUUCUUGAGCCAGCUAGUUUUCCUUCCCUUUGCAUCCAUCCCAAAGCUAGCCGUUGGAAAUGGGUUCAAGGGCGUUGGCAACAACUGCUUUCCUCAUCACUCUCAACCUUCUCUUCUUUACUCUUGUAAGUUCAACUCAAUGCCCACCACCACCAAAGAGCCCAAAACAUCAUCACCAUAAAGCCAGUACUUGCCCUAAAGACACCCUCAAGUUAGGUGUAUGUGCUAACUUACUCAAYGACUUGGUUCACCUAGUCGUUGGUACACCACCAAAGACUCCUUGCUGCAGCCUCCUCGGUGACCUUGUUGAUCUUGAGGCAGCUGUUUGUCUUUGCACUGCCAUUAAAGCUAAUGUCUUGGGUAUUAACCUCAAUGUGCCUGUUUCUUUGAGCUUGUUGCUUAACUACUGUGGAAAGAAGGUCCCAAAAGGCUUCCAAUGCGCCUAGAGAUCCAUUUUGCAUUGUUUAUUUCAUUUUUCUAAAGUUGGUUCAUUUCUAUGAUCCCAUUCUCUUUGGUGUGUACGUUUUCAUCUUAGAUUUGAGUGUUUUAUUUUGUUAAAGAUAUUGAUUUGAGUACGAAUGCUCCUCACCUUCUCUUGUAUUUUCGAUCCUGUCACAAUGUGACUAGGGUUGUAUUAUUGUUAUUCAAAAAUAAAAAUUCAUAUAUCCUCAAUA